CAAUUGUUGUUUAUUAUUUUUAAAUUAUUACAAGUUCAAGUUCAUUGCAAUUUUGAUCGUGUAAAAAUUGAUAAUCGUAUAUCGAAAUUAUAAAAUAAAAUAAAUAUAAACUAACAAAAAUCAUUUUUAAAGAUCUUCUCAAAAAAUCUAGUUUUAAAAAACGAUAUGGCUUCAAACAAAAGGGGAUGCUUUUGUUUAAGCCUCCGCACAGCUGCAUUGUUUCACGGUUGGCUAAAUAUUAUAGUUUUAAUUUGUUUAAUUUGUGUAACAUUAAAACAGAUUUUUUACAACAAUCCCGAUGCUAUGCUAAUAGAAAUGUAUAAUAUUUCUUUAAGAACUUAUUAUAUUCAACAAGUACUUUUGUUAAUUGUACAUUUAUUCGAUAUUUUUCUGUGUGCAUUAGUAAUCGGUGGAAUAACAUUGAAAACGCAUUAUUUGAUAUUGCCUUGGAUUGUUAUAAGAGCGAUUGGACUUAUUAUCGUAACACCUCUUGUUAUAACAACUAUUGCUUUCGCUGUAGUAAUAUUCAAGAUAGAAAUGAUUAUAAUAUCAGUGAUUUAUGCAUUAAUUGUUGGUUUAUUUAUCUGGUCCUGGACCAUAGUUUAUUCAUUUAAUAAAGAAAUUCGUGAGACAUUGAAAAAUUCAUUGCCAAUGUCAUCAGCUGUGCCAUAUUUUGAAUACCAAAGAAGAUAACCUGGACCACCACUAGCACAGAAUAACCAAAUAUGUGCUCAAUAAAAUCAUAUUUUUUCUUAUUAAUAACCUUUCGAUUUAGUCUAAAUUAUUUGUAAAUAUAAAUAAAUAAAAUCAAAAAAAAAGUUUUUGUACCCUGUUUAAACAGGUCCAAAUCUUUUGAAAAUAAAAUCUUUAAGGAAGGAAA